GAGCCGCGGCGCGCGCGCGGGAAAGGCGAACCCCGCCUGCCGGCCGGACCCGCCUCCCCCACUCCGCGCGCGCGCCAGCCUCAGGCUUUGUGUGACACUUCUCAGCUGAGUGCCUCGGUCUUCCUCUCUGUAGAACAGUGGUGAUGUGCAAAGUCCCUUGAGCCCUCUGGAAGAAAGCUGCUAGAAAGAAUGAAGGUCAUCACUUGUGAAAUAGCAUGGCACAACAAAGAGCCGGUAUAUAGCUUAGACUUCCAACAUGGAACUGAUGGGAAAAUCAAUCGACUGGCCUCAGCUGGAGUAGACACUGCUGUUCGUAUCUGGAAAGUGGAAAAAGGACCAGAUGGGAAAGCAAUUGUGGAAUUCUUAUCCAAUCUAGCUCGCCAUACCAAAGCAGUGAAUGUUGUGCGUUUCUCUCCCAGUGGUGAGAUUUUAGCAUCAGGAGGAGAUGAUGCUGUGAUUUUAUUGUGGAAAUUGAAUGAUAACAAAGAACCAGAACCAAUAGCAUUUCAAGAUGAAGAUGAAGCUCAGCUGAACAAAGAGAAUUGGACAGUAAUUAAAACUUUAAGAGGCCACAUAGAAGAUGUGUAUGAUAUUUGCUGGACCCCUGAUGGAAACUGCAUGGCAUCUGCAUCAGUAGAUAACACAGCUAUAAUGUGGGAUGUCAAUAAAGGGCAAAAAGUUUCAAUUUUUAAUGAACACAAGAGUUAUGUACAAGGAAUAACAUGGGAUCCGGUCGGCCAGUACAUCGCAACUCUUAGCUGUGAUAGGGUGCUGCGGGUGUACAGUACACAAACUAAGCGUGUAGCAUUCAAUGUUACCAAGAUGCCAUCAGGAGCUGAAGGCGAGGUGAGAAGCUAUCGGAUGUUUCAUGAUGACAGCAUGAAAUCAUUCUUCCGCAGGCUUAGUUUUACUCCUGACGGCUCUUUGCUUCUCACUCCAGCUGGCUGUGUUGAAUCAGGAGAGAAUGUAACCAAUACUACGUAUGUUUUUUCAAGAAAAAAUCUUAAGAGGCCCAUAGCUCACCUUCCCUGUCCUGGAAAGGCAACUCUAGCUGUUCGCUGCUGUCCAGUCUACUUUGAGUUGAGACCAGCACGUAAGAAAGAUGAAGCUUCACAGAAGUCCAUCCCUGCUCUAAUAAAUCUGCCCUAUCGGUUGGUGUUUGCUGUUGCUUCAGAAGAUUCUGUGCUUUUCUAUGAUACACAGCAGUCCUUUCCCUUUGGUUACGUAUCCAAUAUACAUUAUCAUACUCUGAGUGACAUUUCAUGGUCCAGUGAUGGAUCCUUUCUUGCUAUUUCUUCCACGGAUGGAUACUGCUCUUUUGUGACAUUUGAGGAGGAUGAGCUUGGAGUUCCAUUGAAAGAGAAGCCAGUGGUGUGUGUUACGACUGCUAGUGCAACAGAGAAGAAAAUGAAGAAGAAUCAGUCACACAAGGUUGUCUCCCCAGUCCCCAGGCCAGUUGAUGGAACCCCUCCGAACAGGACCAUGGAUCCAAGUAAUCUCACUCUCCAGCCUAAAACACCAGCAGCAAUCACCAACAAGGAUUCUCCCUCAACACCUGUUGGCAUCAAAAAUAUUCCAGCUUCAUCUUCAGAGGAGAGGAAACCCAUGCAGCCAGCCAGCCAGAGUGCUAAAGUAAACCAACCCAGGAGGAUUACUCUAAAUGCUUUACAAGGUUGGAGUAAGACGCCAAGGAGAAUAAACUUGAUUCCUCUGAAGACAGACACGCCAAACUCAACACACACAAAUCUAGUGUCCACAUCUUCCUCCUCAGAAGCAAUUCAACAUGAGAUACCUUCUCCCUCUGAUGAUCCUGUGCACAAUCCGCCAGCAUCUAAACGUCCCAGAACUGAUGAAACUCCUGUCUCUGCAUCUCCUGAAGACCAAACCUGCUGUAGUUCAAACAACUAAAGACCAAAAUUUCAGUAAACUCACUGUCUGGGGGCAAUGCAACUAGACCAGAAAGUAAACUCCCUUUCUGCAAGUGAUAGAUUCUCAGCAGCUAAAUAGAGUAUUAAGGGGGUUUAACAUAAGGUGCUGUGAAGGAGGGGAUCUGCAGCAGAAAAGACUGAUUUUCUGCAAAAAUCCUGCUUUGUGGAAGUGAAAAUAGUUGGAACUUAACUAUGUCUGUAUCGGCCUUUGAACACACUGCUUUCUAAACCAAGUAGUGUCAACUGCAUGAUAAAGCAUAGUGUUUGUAGGCAAUACUGGUAUAGAAAUGUCGUGACAACCUAAGAGUCUCCUUCAUAAUCAUCGCAUUGGUAUUUUUAAAGUAUUAAGUCUUCCAGCAAGUCUGUGUCUUGCAAAAGAGUGGGAUUUUUAAGCAUUUGUCUUCAUAGCGUUUUAAUGUGACUAACAGCUGUUUCCCUGAGGCAAUUGACUUCUACAUUUCACAAUUAAGUUUAUCAGUUCACAAGAUAAUUAUGCACUCUGACUUUCAUUCCAUUUGGAUGUUUAAUGUUUAUAUGCUCCACACUUAAAAAUGCAGUGCAAUAUCAGUGGUAUAAUUGAAAUAAGUCACAAACUCAUAACUGCAAGGAAGUGAAAUAUUUUUGUUUAAAUAUUUGUUAUGGGCAUUCAACAAUAGAAACAGAUUCAUUCGUUCAUUCUCUGUAUAAAAAAAUUGCAGGCAUGAGAUUUUCUGGGGACAGCAAAGGUUUGCGAUAUAUAUGUUGAAAUUACUAGUUUUCCCUAUUUUUCUAUAGUGCAAAACCUGCUCCCUUAGCAAAAAAUAAAUACAUAAAACCAAUUUAUGUUAAGUUUUUAAUUUGUUUAUUUUUAGCCCUUAGUGCUCUUUGUGUAGCUAACACAUAAGACCUUAGGAUUGGAAACAGUGAAAUCAAAAUGCAAAUAUUUUGAAACCUACUGCGCUUUAGAGUGCUCGCCCCUGGUGGUGAAGGUUGGAGAGGGGCAGGAGGAGGGAGUACUUUGUGCAAUGCCCCUUCCCUGUUUAAAAGUAAAUGUAAGAUAAUGGUUAAAUAAGUGAAGGGCCCUUUUAAUUGACUUGACCUGAAAAAGGGGUUUAAGUGGCAGUUUCUCUCUUAUGGCUAAGCCUAUGCUUUCAACAUUUGAAGUGUUAAUGUACAUAGUUUAAAAAAAAAAAAGUUCCAAAUUCAUAUUAAAGCUUUUUUCUACCUAUACUGUUCCCUAGUUUUGGUUGUUUCACUAUAAAAUUAUUGUUUUUAAAAUACGUAAUUUACUUAUCACUUGUUUCAUGACUGCCUGAGAAACAACAAAUUCAAAAAGAAGCAAAUUAAAGUGAAAGUUCUUCAGAAAUAGGUUAACUAAAAUAGUGUUCAUACGGAAGAAAUGUUACUUAAUAAAUGCUUGUCAGUGAGACAGUGUUAAGCAAAUGCUAAAGUACUUUGCUGAAUUAAGAACAGGAGUACUUGUGGCACCUUAGAGACUAACAAAUGUAUUUGAGCAUACAGCCCACUUCUUCGGAUGCUGAAUUAGGAUCUGUUGAACAUUUCUGUUGAAGUUUGAUAUAUACAAAUGGGGGGAAAACAUCUUGAUUGCAUUUCUGCUCAAAAUCUUUGAGAAGAGGAUGGGGUUGAGCUUUAUUAGAUUUAGCCAAAUCUUGAGCAUCCUAAAAUAAGAAAUGGAAAGAAGAUACUACCAAACUAGGUCAGAUGUUCACACUGUUGAGUAAAAAUAUUUUUAAAGAUCUCUACCAACGAUGAAUGAUAGACAUUUACAUCCAAAGUCGUCUUUGCUAUUUAUGCUGUUUUAUUUUUUUGCUCAGUUUGGGCUAUGAAAACACUAAUCAUCUCCACUUUCUGGUUUCCGCAUACAAUGACUAAUAUAGUGCUGCAAUAUUUGGGUUGUGUGCGCUGCAAGGGACAGUUUAAAUUCAAGCUCUUAUAAACAUUAAUUGAAAUAUUUUCCUGCAGUUUUAUAAAACCUGAUUUUAAACAAAGUAGGCUACCCUCUACACCAGUGAUUCUUAACCUUUACUGCAGCCUGCACCCCUUUGGUUCUCAAAAUAUGUUCUCGCACCCCUUAUCAAAAAUCGUUGAAGUAGGUCAGUUCUUUAAACCUAGAUAUAUUUUUUGUUUGUAUAUUACA